CAGUCGAGUGUCGAGUGUUGGUAGCGGGACGCCAUGCGCGCAGGAGGCGUGUAGUUCCACCGUCCGCCGCCAGGUGGGAGCGGCGCUGGGAGCAGCACUAGCGCACCUCCGCGGCGAGGCCAGGGAACUCGCUCCGCCAGGCAGGUAGUCGCAGUCGAGUGUCGAGUGUUGGCAGCGGGACGCCAUGCGCGCAGGAGGCGUGUAGUUCAACCGUCCGCCGCCAGGUGGGAGCGGCGCUGGAAGCAGCACUAGCGCACCUCCGCGGCGAGGCCAGGGAACUCGCUCCGCCAGGCAGGUAGUCGCAGUCGAGUGUCGAGUGUUGGCAGCGGGACGCCAUGCGCGCAGGAGGCGUGUAGUUCAACCGUCCGCCGCCAGGUGGGAGCGGCGCUGGAAGCAGCACUAGCGCACCUCCGCGGCGAGGCCAGGGAACUCGCUCCGCCAGGCAGGUAGUCGCAGUCGAGUGUCGAGUGUUGGCAGCGGGACGCCAUGCGCGCAGGAGGCGUGUAGUUCAACCGUCCGCCGCCAGGUGGGAGCGGCGCUGGAAGCAGCACUAGCGCACCUCCGCGGCGAGGCCAGGGAACUCGCUCCGCCAGGCAGGUAGUCGCAGUCGAGUGUCGAGUGUUGGCAGCGGGACGCCAUGCGCGCAGGAGGCGUGUAGUUCCACCGUCCGCCGCCAGGUGGGAGCGGCGCUGGAAGCAGCACUAGCGCACCUCCGCGGCGAGGCCAGGGAACUCGCUCCGCCAGGCAGGUAGUCGCAGUCGAGUGUCGAGUGUUGUUGGCAGCGGGACGCCAUGCGCGCAGGAGGCGUGUAGUUCCACCGUCCGCCGCCAGGUGGGAGCGGCGCUGGAAGCAGCACUAGCGCACCUCCGCGGCGAGGCCAGGGAACUCGCUCCUCCAGGCAGGUAGUCGCAGUCGAGUGUCGAGUGUUGUUGGCAGCGGGACGCCAUGCGCGCAGGAGGCGUGUAGUUCCACCGUCCGCCGCCAGGUGGGAGCGGCGCUGGAAGCAGCACUAGCGCACCUCUGCGGCGAGGCCAGGGAACUCGCUCCGCCAGGCAGGUAGUCGCAGUCGAGUGUCGAGUGUUGGCAGCGGGACGCCAUGCGCGCAGGAGGCGUGUAGUUCCACCGUCCGCCGCCAGGUGGGAGCGGCGCUGGGAGCAGCACUAGCGCACCUCCGCGGCGAGGCCAGGGAACUCGCUCCGCCAGGCAGGUAGUCGCAGUCGAGUGUCGAGUGUUGGCAGCGGGACGCCAUGCGCGCAGGAGGCGUGUAGUUCAACCGUCCGCCGCCAGGUGGGAGCGGCGCUGGGAGCAGCACUAGCGCACCUCCGCGGCGAGGCCAGGGAACUCGCUCCGCCAGGCAGGUAGUCGCAGUCGAGUGUCGAGUGUUGUUGGCAGCGGGACGCCAUGCGCGCAGGAGGCGUGUAGUUCCACCGUCCGCCGCCAGGUGGGAGCGGCGCUGGAAGCAGCACUAGCGCACCUCCGCGGCGAGGCCAGGGAACUCGCUCCGCCAGGCAGGUAGUCGCAGUCGAGUGUCGAGUGUUGUUGGCAGCGGGACGCCAUGCGCGCAGGAGGCGUGUAGUUCCACCGUCCGCCGCCAGGUGGGAGCGGCGCUGGAAGCAGCACUAGCGCACCUCCGCGGCGAGGCCAGGGAACUCGCUCCUCCAGGCAGGUAGUCGCAGUCGAGUGUCGAGUGUUGUUGGCAGCGGGACGCCAUGCGCGCAGGAGGCGUGUAGUUCCACCGUCCGCCGCCAGGUGGGAGCGGCGCUGGAAGCAGCACUAGCGCACCUCUGCGGCGAGGCCAGGGAACUCGCUCCGCCAGGCAGGUAGUCGCAGUCGAGUGUCGAGUGUUGGCAGCGGGACGCCAUGCGCGCAGGAGGCGUGUAGUUCCACCGUCCGCCGCCAGGUGGGAGCGGCGCUGGGAGCAGCACUAGCGCACCUCCGCGGCGAGGCCAGGGAACUCGCUCCUCCAGGCAGGUAGUCGCAGUCGAGUGUCGAGUGUUGUUGGCAGCGGGACGCCAUGCGCGCAGGAGGCGUGUAGUUCCACCGUCCGCCGCCAGGUGGGAGCGGCGCUGGGAGCAGCACUAGCGCACCUCCGCGGCGAGGCCAGGGAACUCGCUCCGCCAGGCAGGUAGUCGCAGUCGAGUGUCGAGUGUUGGCAGCGGGACGCCAUGCGCGCAGGAGGCGUGUGCUAGCGGGACGCAGACAUGGCGAGGAAGCUGCUCAAGUUCGUCAUAUUGUUCGACAACACGAACCUGCUGUACUUCCCGGGACAGUUCCUGAGCGGCAGGGUGCUCAUCGAGUUGGAGAGCGACACACCUGCGCUCGGUCUGCACUUCCAUGUUGUCGGAGAAGGCGUGGUCCGAAUCAAGAGCCCCAGAGUGGAGAGGCUGUAUGACCGCGAGAACUACAUCGACUUCCGCAUGAGACUGCUUGGCGAGCCAGGCCAGGGCCCGGUGCUGCUCUCCCCCGGGAUACACAGCUUCCCCUUCAAGCUGGGCCUGCCCCUGGGACUGCCGUCCACCUUCCUGGGCAAGCACGGCUGGGUGCAGUACUUCUGCAAGGCGGCUCUGCGCGAGCCCAACGGCCUCACGCACAAGAACCAGCAGGUGUUCAUCGUCAUGAACCCCGUCGACCUGAACCUGGAGGACCCCAUCCUGGCCCAGCCGUUCCGCUGCGAGAUCGAGCACCGGCUGGGGGUGAGCUGCGUGACCUCUGGCCCCGUGGUGUGCCGCGUGUCGCUGGACAGGGGCGGCUACGUGCCGGGGGAGACCAUCGGCAUCUGCGCCACCGUCAUCAACAACAGCAAGGUCACCGUCAAGAGCACCAAGGCCUCGCUCACGGAGACGAUCCAGUACAUGGCGAGGAACAAAGUGAUCCAGUCGGAGACCCGGGAGCUGGCCUCCUUGAGCCGGGGCAAGAUCAGGCCGGGCGACACGGACGAGUGGAAGAACGAGCAGCUGUACGUCCCCCCCCUGCCCCCGACUAACCUCAAGGGCUGCCACCUCAUCAAGAUACAGUACGACGUCUACUUCAUUAUUGACCCAAAGAGCUUCGAGAAGGAAGUGAAGCUCCAGCUGCCCAUCAUGCUGGCCUCGUAUCCUCUGAGGACGUCAGAAGGCACUCUGGUCCGGAAACAAGGCACACACUAUCCUUCCACGCUGCCCAUCUUCCGACCCUGGCUCGAUGAAAAGACUUUUGAAUAGUGCAGUGCCUGCCAUGCGUUGGCCAGCAUUACUUUGAGUGUGUUGUUGAAAAAAUGUUCAUAGUUUAAUGAAAUUGUGAUUUUCGUGCUGCCGUUUUACUUGAAACUGUUUAACGAAGGCUUGAAUGUGCAUCGUCAGUAGUUAAAAGUAGAUAAGCACAGGACCAGUGAAUAAAUUUAUUGUAGCAGAGAGGCUACGGAGCAUAUAUUGGAAAGAUUAGAUUAAAAAACCAAAAACAGUAUUUACAUAUUUUUAGUGCUUAUUGAGUAGGUUAUUAAAAAGUAAUGCAUAGUCACUCACAUUCCUCACUUUCCUGUAGGUGAAAAUAAACUUUUUAUUUAUACUAAACUACAUGAAGGGAAGAAAAGUGUGUGAUACCUACCUACAAACUAAAUUAAAGUGGUUUCACAGUAUGUAACACUGUAUUAUAAAAAAUCAAUAUUUAUAUUAAUACAAAUAAUUUAUUUGACAUGAUUUAUACAAUAUAAAUAGUUCCUAAAAAUAUAUAAUUCGUGAUUCUGUUAAUAAAUCAAGCUUGAGUUUUUGUUAUCUUAUACAAAAAUAUUAAGUACGUACCUACUCAUAAAACCAUGACCAAAUGAAACUGAAAGUAAAAUUGUAACUGAAGUAAUUCCAUUAUAAAAUUGGCAAAUAUGCUAUUAAUGAGACUUUAAUAUUUUUUUUCAUUUAUCUUAUUUCUUAUCUUUAAAUGUAAUUUAACCCUUUAGAUCAUUUAUAGAUUUUAUAAAUCCUAAAUAUAUUAAGAUUUAUUGUUGACUGGAAUUUUAUGUAUAUUUAUAUUAAAUACUAUUAAACCCAUUCAUAUAAUAUUGUGUUUUCCAUAUCAUUGUAUAGCUUGAUGUAUCUAGAUUAUUAACUGCUAUCUUUGGUUGAUAUAUUUAAUAUAGUAUUAUUUUCUGUUGGGAAAGAAAAGCUAAAGGUUUUGGAUCACUUGGAGUAAAAAUAUGUUCUAAAUGCAACACAGUAGGCCCUACCACAUUCUGUGUUGGCUCACUUUCUCUCUUGCUCAAAUAAUUUUUUUUCCCUCCAUUCAUCGUUGAUGUCUCACCAUUUAUAGCUUGACUGUUAUUUUGACUGAACAUCUCACUUCAGCAACAAUAGUUGAUUGGCCACAGACAUAGGAUAAAGUACAUGCAAAAUUGUAAAAGAACCUAGCCUAUGUGCUCUACAGAAUUAAUAAUGACAAAUAUUUAACUGUCAAAAUAAAUAAUGCAGUAUACAAAAUGUAAUUAAGUGAUGUGCAUCAUUUGUAAAAUAUGAUAUAAAAGCAACUACAACACACGUAAAUUUACUUAUUCAUAUAGGUACAUACUAUAUGCUUACAUAUGCAUGGAAAAAAAAUUAUGGCCAUGUAUCAGGUUAGGAAUGCAUUUACCAUACCAGGCCCCUGUUGCAUAAUGAUUUACAAGUUAAUAAUAUUAGUAAUGGUACUUGUAACUUGUAGAAUUGUGUUGCACAGUAAAAAAUUACAAAUCUAAAAGUUACAAGUUGUAAAAUCUAAAAUAUUAGUGAAUUUUACAAGUGCGUGUUGCAUAUAUGAUUGCUUUUUUCUACAAGUUUGUAAAAAUAAUAAGCCCACACUAAUAUAUUUUCUACAAGUGUCAGUUUGCUUAUAGUUUCAAGAUACAAGUGAGGUUAUGUGCCUUUGUGUUUGACUGGAACUAAUGUUACCAUGCUCAAUGGUGUAGCCAGGAUUUGUGUAUGGGGGGUGUUAAGGAGCAUCCCCCCCCCCCCCCCCCGUAUUAAAGCGGUGGGUCCAGGGGUCCUCCCCCGGGAAAAUUUGGAUUUUAAGGUGUAAAAUAGUGCUAUUUUAGCAGUUUUCGGUUCUUAAAUCUAAAUAUUGUAAUGGUAAAAAUUUUAUUAAUUUUAAUAUGAAAUUUGUUUGAGUGAUGAAUAAGAAAUUAAUUAAAGAUUUGGAGCUAGGGGGGGGGGGGUUAACCCCUAAAAUCCCCCCCCCCCUGGCUACGCCCCUGACCAUGCUGAAUUUGUGGCUAGAUUCAUCCAGUGAUGAAUAAAAUGAUUUUGCAGUGCGGGAUCAGCAAAGGGUGGUGCACAGUAAUGGAAGGUUAAGAGUAAAUUUUGGAUUUGAAAAUGAUGCAGAGUGUAAUGAGAGAUUUCAAAUGAGGCCAAAUAAAGUAAAAUUUUUUAUACA